AUGAGACCUCAACAAAACGGCGACGAUGGCUUUGACGAGCCGGAGGUCCAUCGUAAAAUCUUUAUUGGUGGUCUUAAUUAUCGAACAACUGAUGAAUCAUUGAAAGCCCACUUUGAAAAAUGGGGUGAAAUUGUAGAUGUUGUUGUAAUGAAGGACCCGAAAACCAAAAGGUCUCGAGGGUUUGGAUUUAUUACAUACUCAAAGGCUCAUAUGGUCGAUGAUGCGCAAAACGCUCGACCACAUACAAUUGAUACUCGUGUCGUAGAAACAAAACGGGCAGUAGCCAGACAAGAUAUUAAAAACCCAGAGGCAGGCGCCACCGUCAGGAAGUUGUUCAUAGGAGGUAUUAAAGAUGAUCACACAGAAGACCAACUGCGAGAAUAUUUCUCAAAUUAUGGCAACGUGCAAAAUGUUAGCAUUGUCACCGACAAAGCCACUGGUAAGAAGCGUGGUUUCGGAUUUGUCGAAUUUGACGAUUAUGAUCCAGUGGAUAAAGUGUGCUUGAAUGCCCCCCAUAAAAUUAAUGGAAAACAGUUGGAUGUUAAGAAGGCUCUUCCUAAGGAUGGAUCUGACCAAAGAGGAGGAGGAGGAGGGGGUGGAAGACAAGGACAGAGAAGAAAUGAUAACUGGGGUAAUUCUGGAGGAGGUUAUGGAAGCAACCAAGGAGGUGGAUGGAACAAUGCUAAUCCUUGGGAUAACAACCAGGGUGGUUGGGGUGGAAACCAAGGAAGUGGUUAUGGAGGUGGAAGCCAGAGAGGAGGUGGCGGUGGUUGGGGUAACCAAGACUUUGGGAGGUGGCGGUGGAGGUUAUGGAAGUGGAAGCUAUGGAGGUGGUCAAGGAAGAGGAGGAAGAUAUUAAACAAUGUUUCGUGCUAA